AACUGACCGUAACUGAAUCUCAAGUGAAACAAGGUUCUAGGAGACGUUGGAUUCUUAGGAAACCAUCAAACUCCAACUCUUCACCCUAAAGAUUGAAUUGACCCAAGUAAACAUACUUUCUCACCAACUCCUAUAAAUAUCCUCACAAAACUUCAACCUUUCCUUCAUCCAAAGCUACUCCAAUUCCUUUAUUGUUUAUUGCCACCUUUCGCUUAUAAGUUACUACUUUGAAGAUGGCCAAAGGAAAUAGUCCCCUCGAGAGGCCUAGCUUGGCUUCACUUGACCAAAAAUUGGCCUUCGCUAAGCGCUGUUCUCAUGAGGGUGUGUUAGCGGGAGCAAAGGCAGCAGUUGUUGCCAGUGUUGCCUCUGCCAUUCCAACUCUGGCUAGUGUAAGGAUGCUGCCUUGGGCAAGAGCCAAUCUCAAUCACACAGCUCAAGCUCUCAUAAUUUCCACAGCGACGGCAGCAGCAUACUUCAUAGUAGCUGACAAGACCGUUUUAGCAACAGCAAGGAAAAACUCCUUCAACCAACCCUCCAAUUCUGAAGCAUGAAUCCGAAUGGAUAGCAUGGACAAUAGUCGAUUAUACCACAGUAUCCAACCGUGAAUCGGUGUUAUUUAUCCAAAUAAAUAAUGUGUUCAUAAGAAUAUUUAUGUACAAAUUAUCUGAAUUAAUCAUUUAUUUCAUUUCAGCAUUAAUCAUUUA